UUAAGAAAGCUUUGACUUGUUUUUAAGCUAAACUUUAUAUUUAGUGUUUUAAAACUGAGAAAGUAAAAUUAUACAAUUACAAUUUACAAACAAUGGUUUAAGGAGAUAAAGGUCAAUUAAACUUCCAUCUAAGUUCAUGUCUCUGCCACUUUCUUCCCCAAAAUGGUUGACCAAUUGUGUUCAAUCACUCAUCUUCAUUCUGUGUUGUGUUGUUUUCCUCAUAUUUGAUCUUCUUGAUUCUGUUUUCUGCGUUAUCUAUGGAUAUAUUGAUAAACUCAUUGAAGGAGAGGUUUCGCCUUGUUGCUGCUCUAAUUGGGAGAGGCAAAAGAGGCGGAUGAAUGUGACAGAUGAUGAUAUAUCAGAUAGCUUGUAUGAGAGGAGGAACAUUUUCAGAGAAAUGGGGUUCCUUCGAUAUGAGAGAAAACGAGAAGAUUCCACCACAAAUUUUGUUAAAGGUAGUGCCCGGUCAGUGAAUCGUUGGUCUGAUUGUGGCUGUGAUUCUUGCCUUUCAUGGGUGAAUGAUGGAAGUGACUAUAAGCUUCAUUUUGUUGUGAAGGAGCCCUUGUUGGUCCCUGGUGAGAACUGCAAGGGAAAACCUUCUGAGAAUGUGAUCUUCUUACAUGGAUUUCUCUGUUCUUCCUCAUUUUGGACAGAGACAGUGUUUCCAUAUUUUUCUGAAAAGACGAAUCACGAGUACAGAUUGAUUGGCAUUGACCUGCUGGGAUUUGGCAAGAGUCCAAAGCCUAGAGAUUGCUCAUACACUUUGCAGGAUCAUGUGGAAAUGAUUGAGAAAUCUGUGGUUUUACCAUUGGAGAUGACUACCUUUCAUUUGGUUGCACACUCCAUGGGAUGCAUAAUUGCAUUGGCCUUGGCUGCUAAGUACCCAAAGAAUGUAAAAUCAAUCACCCUUGUUGCUCCUCCAUACACUUCUUCUGAGGGUGAUGCUUGUUUAAAUGCACUAUCAAUGCUUGCUGGAAAGAAAUUGUGGUCUCCACUGUCUUUUGGUUCUUCAUUUAUGUCCUGGUAUGAACACCUGGGCCGUACAGUUUGCCUUGUCUAUUGCAGAAAUCACCGAAUAUGGGAGAGCAUUCUAAAAUUCAUUACUCGCAGGAGGGAUCUUCAUUUCUUGACCACAGACAUGACCAGGCACACACAUCAUUCAGCUUGGAGUUCCAUGCAUAAUGUGCUAUGUGGAGGAGCAAAAUUUGUGGACAGUUACCUCAUCAUUUUGACCAGAGUUGGAGUGAGAAUAAAUGUGAUUCAAGGUGAAAAGGAUCAAGUUGUCCCAAUGGAGUGUUGUAGUAAGUUCGAGUUGAAGGCUCCUGAAGCUGAAAUCAACAUCAUUCCAAAUGCAAACCAUGGGACUGUACUAUUUGGCAGAGAGAAAGAAUUUGCACUUAGUCUAGAGCAUAUAUGGGAAUCUUGCUGUUGAUAGAAGUUAAUGUCAGUUCUAGGGUAACUGGAAAGAUAUGAAAUAUUAAUCCUUUGCAUUAAUUAGGGAUAAGCUUAUAAGAUGAAGGUGGGAUGAAUGAUGAAAUUGUAUCAUUCAUGGUAGAAGUUGUUUGAGAAAUAAAACAAAAAUACAACAUGCCCUACUAAAGCCAAAAUGCAGCCUGUCAGAGAAACUGAACUUUUUACUUUUUGUGUUUUUAAAUUGUUUAAUCUAAAAACUGAAAAUGUAAACUUUGUA